GGUGAGGCUAAGUUGGCCGGCGCACCAUUCACCUGUUUAUCUGUAGGUCUUCAGUUCCAGGGACUCUUGUGAUGGAAGGUUAGAGUCCACCAUGUUUUCAGCCAAGGUAGUUAUCGCUGUAAUUGGAUUGGCGCUAUCCACUGCAACAAGUGGAAGAUCUGCGCCAUCAAGACCUGUUGUGUAUCAUUUCGGAUUGACACGCAUGAGCUGGAGUAAUGCGGCCAGCUACUGCGCUCACAGAGGCUGGAGACUCGUCAAGAUUGAUACCGACUAUGACCUUUCUGCCUUGCAACACCUAUACAGUGGUGAUGACAUUGUGUGGAUUGGACUUUCUAAUACUGAAGUUGGAAGCCCUACCUAUCACUGGACCGACUGCAGGCCGUAUGGAGAUUACAAACGAGCUCCAUGGGCUCUCGACGAACCCAAUAGUCUUGACACCCAGCUCUGCGUCAUGAUGAAAACCUUCGAAUUUAAAACUAAUGACUGUUCGAAAGGUUUUAGUAUCAUAUGUGAAGAAAUAAAAGAUACAGGGGCAUGUUCGUUUGAACCAUCAAACACUGGGAUCUUUGGAACCACGCCAGAAGAGAUUGAAGGAAAUGUGUUUGACAAGAAUGACUGUGAACAGUCCUGCCUAAAGUAUUAUUAUGAUGAAAAGGAAUGUAUUGGCUACUCCUAUGACGGACGCACGACCUGUAUUCGGUAUCUUGGAGAAUUUCUCAUAUUUCCAACUUUAACCUAUAUCGACAAUAAGCUAGCUGUCGGAAGAAAGACCUGCCAUUCUUACGAACCCAUUGUCGAUUCUGCAAUGCGCACAUGGAACGAACCUUUUACCUACACGUGUGACGAAACACAAUCUGAAGAACCCAUUUCUGAUGAAGUCAAUGAUGUCAUCCCGGAGACAGUUUUCUCUGUAACUGCGGACAGUUUUGCCUCCUCCUCCAGCUCCUCCUUCCCGAGAUUAUCUGCCACCAUGGAUACCACACCUGGAAUUCCUCCGACUGCUUAUCAACUAUCAUCCAACAAAGUCCAAGACUCAAUUGUCGACAGUACAAUGACCCCAACCGCUGUGCUGCCUUUUCCAACUCCUACAAUGAAUGGGGCAGCCACCGACAGCAGUGAGGACGCUUUCCCCUUCACUGGUCACAUGCAAACGUCGACCAUUGCGACUGGGCCAAGGGAAGUUACAUCAUCAUCAGUGUUACGCCAUCAGCAGCUGCAUGUAACACAUACUACUUUGACUGGGCAUGUGUAUGGAACAGCGACUGGGCCAAGGGAAGUUACAUCAUCAUCAGUGUUACACCAUCAGCAGCAGCAUGUCACCCCUCCUACUUUGACUGGGAAUGCGUAUGGAACAGCGACUGGGCCAACGGAAGUUGCAUCAUCAUCAGUGUUACGCCAUCAGCAGCUGCAUGUAACUCCUACCACCGUGACUGGGCAUAUGUAUGGAACAGCUACUGGGCCAACGGAAGUUACAUCAUCAUCAGUGUUACGCCAUCAGCAGCUGCAUGUAACACCUACUACUUUGACUGGGCAUAUGUAUGGAACAGCGACUGGGCCAACGGAAGUUACAUCAUCAUCAGGAUCGUAUUCAACAUAUACACUGCAUGCAUCUCCUACUACCACUGUGUAUGGAACAGCGACUAGGAUGGUUAGCAGUAGCUGCGUAUGCCCUUGCCGAGGAGACCUCAAGGUUUCCCAUGCCAAACUGGUAAAGGAAUUGAUGGUGGAGAAGACGACAUUGUCUAGCUUCAGGAGGAAGAAGACGUCAGCGAAAGACGAUCGUCCAUCUGCCCAAGUUCUUGGUAAUGUGGGGAUAAUAUUACUUGCAGUCACUGGUGUUUUGAUCUUAAUCCUUGACGCGGAUGUUAUUGUAAAACUGAUCAGCAGUCUACUGAAACAACGCUAGGCCAUGUCUACAAAGACAGCCACAUAUUAGCAUGUUUUCAAAGAGAAACACGUAAUACCUUGUCGAUAUAGACAAACAUUUGAGCCCGUCUUUUAGACAAGCACGUGAUCAGCAAGAGGGGAGCUCAUAGAUGUUAUCUACGGUACCAAUAGAGUUUUUCAACUUUCGAUCACAUUGCUUUUAAUUUUGACAUGUUGUUCGGAGCCUUCUAUUAUCCCGAAGGCACCGUCUGUAUGAACAAACACGAUUCCAUAUAGGAAUAUAAGUCUUGCGACAAUUCUACAUAAGUUUUUUUAUAACUACAUGUAUUAUAUAUUACACAUAAAUUCAUUUUAAUUGUAGUUAUUAUGUAACCGUGUUCAGAAUCGGCAAAGUUUUCAUUGUAAAAGGCCUUUGCCUUUAUAACUGAAGUACUCUUCUUUGUAUUUUUAUGUAUUGCAAAUGCGUUCGUCGAACGCAGUCGACUUUGAACAGCCCCUAUCUAUAUCAUCACUAUCAUCAAGUCUUAAGGAACAUAUUUUGUCUAAUGGUACUAGUUCAGUAGCUCAAUACGAUAUUACAUAGUUAGAACUACACAAAUGUUGAGACCGCCACUGCAACUUGAGUGGCUUAAUAAAUAAUAUAUAAUGUAAAUAUACACACAACACGUUGAAUCCUGUGCUGCAAAUGCCGUCGCUCAGCACUUUGAGUCCUACGUUGCAAAUUCAGUUGUUCAGUACACUGUUAAACGUCACAUCAAUGUGCCAGUAAUCAUGGCGGUCUGUAAGUAAUCAAGUAAUCCGCUCCCUCAAGUUGGUUGGUUGGUUUGUUGUUUGCACUCGGCAAUAAUAUUCGAGCUAUAUGAAGGCGGUCUGUAAAUAAUCGAGUCUGGACAGUGAUUAAUAUCAUGAGCAUCGAUCCACGAAAUUUGCUUCUGUUUUACAUUUCAUCAAUGUGCCAGUAAUCAAGGCGGUCUGGAAGUAAUCAAGUAAUCCACUCCGUCAAGAUCUGUUUUACGUUUCACCAAUGUGCCAGUAAUCAAAGCGGUCUGUAAGUAAUCAAGUAAUCCGCUCCGUCAAGAUCUGUUUUACGUCACACCAAUGUGCCAGUAAUCAAAGCGGUCUGUAAGUAAUCAAGUAAUCCGCUCCGUCAAGAUCUGUUUUACGUUUCACCAAUGUGCCAGUAAUCAAAGCGGUCUGUAAGUAAUCAAGUAAUCCGCUCCGUCAAGAUCUGUUUUACGUCACACCAAUGUGCCAGUAAUCAAAGCGGUCUGUAAGUAAUCAAGUUAUCCGCUCCGUCAAGAUCUGUUUUACGUCUUAUCAAUGUGCCAGUAAUCAAGGCGGUCUGUAAGUAAUCCGCUCUGGCAAAAUCUGUUUUACGUUUCACCAAUGUGCCAGUAUUCAAAGCGGUCUGUAAGUAAUCAAGUAAUCCGCUCCGUCAAGAUCUGUUUUACGUCUUAUCAAUGUGCCUGUAAUCAAGGUGAUCUGUAAUUAAUCUGCUCCGUCAAGAUCUGUUUUAUGUUACAUCAAUGUGCCAGUAAUCAAGGCGGUCUGUAAGUAAUCAAGUAAUCCGCUCCGUCAAGAUCUGUUUUACGUCUUAUCAAUGUGCCUGUAAUCAAGGCGGUCUGUAAGUAAUCAAGUAAUCCGCUCCGUCAAGAUCUGUUUUACGUCUUAUCAAUGUGCCUGUAAUCAAGGCGGUCUGUAAGUUAUCAAGUAAUCCGCUCCGUCAAGAUCUGUUUUACGUCACAUCAAUGUGCCAGUAAUCAAGGCGGUCUGUAAGUAAUCAAGUAAUCCGCUCCGUCAAGAUCUGUUUUACGUCACAUCAAUGUGCCAGUAAUCAAGGCGGUCUGUAAGUAAUCAAGUAAUCCGCUCCGUCAAGAUCUGUUUUACGUCUUAUCAAUGUGCCAGUAAUCAAGGCGGUCUGUAAGUUAUCAAGUAAUCCGCUCCGUCAAGAUCUGUUUUACGUCACAUCAAUGUGCCAGUAAUCAAGGCGGUCUGUAAGUAAUCAAGUAAUCCGCUCCGUCAAGAUCUGUUUUACAUCACAAGUCAUCAAUGUGCCUGUAAUCAAGGCGGUCUGUAAGUAAUCAAGUAGUCCCUCCGUCAAGAUGCGAUAGUAAACUAGCCCGCAGGAUUCUGGGGUCUCUACUGAUGCAUGUUUAUCGAUCUCAGCAUUCUGCAUUUACAUGUCAUUGAUGCCCACAUUUCAUGCUGUUAUUAUUUUAGGGCCAAGUCGUCUAAGGCGUCACAACUUGAGGUGCAGAGUUGCUUCCCUUAGUCGUUCCAAAAUACCUCUGAUCGUGGGUUCGAGUCGCAGAUUCGCCCUGAUUAUGUUUCUAGAUUUGUCGGUACAGUACCACACGUUCUCAUCCGGGCAUUUAAUCCGGACGAAUUCAGUAGGAACGUUAGCGUCGGGAUAUACUGUUUUUAUCCCCUCAUAGGAAUAAAAAAUAAAAUAAAUUUGCUUUUUCUAACUAUUGACAUGUUGAAUUUUAUAUAAAACAAUGUUCAACAUAUGUAUGUAUUGUAAUUUGUUUCAUAUUGAAAGUACGGAAGGUUUUUUCAUAGUCUCAUAAGAGAAAUAAAGAUCGCUUGAUUCAUUUGACCUGUUC